GGGAAAAAAAAAAAAAGGGAAAGGCAACAACCAAAAAGGAAAGAGAAUUACAGAAGCUUAAGAAGAAUCAAGAACCUUGUUGAAAACAGGCUCUUGCUUUCUUUAAUUAUAACUGUUGUUGUAUUGGUGGCCUUUCUUUUCCAAACUUUUCUCAUCUUCCUAGUAGAUUCCGGGACACAGAGAAGAAUAGUUAAAGCUGUAAAGCAGGAGCCCUUUUCUCUUUUCUCUGUUGGAAGUUUUUUUGAUCAUCAUCAUGGACGUUUCUAUGAAGAGAAGAACUCUUCUUAAGGUCAUUGUUCUAGGGGACAGUGGGGUGGGAAAGACUUCUUUGAUGAAUCAAUAUGUUUACAACAAGUUCAAUCAACAGUACAAAGCUACAAUUGGCGCUGACUUUGUCACCAAAGAAUUACAGAUCGAUGACAAAUUGGUCACUUUGCAAAUAUGGGAUACAGCAGGGCAGGAAAGGUUCCAGAGUCUAGGUUCUGCAUUUUAUAGAGGAGCAGAUUGUUGUGUUCUCGUGUACGAUGUAAAUGUACUCAGGUCAUUUGAAACACUAAACAAUUGGCGAGAAGAGUUUCUGAAACAGGCAGAUCCAUCUGACCCUGAGACAUUUCCUUUCAUAGUAAUUGGAAACAAGAUUGACAUAGAUGGUGGAAAUAGCCGAGUGGUUUCUGAGAAGAAAGCUAGGGAUUGGUGUGCCUCCAGGGGAGAUAUACCUUAUUUUGAGACUUCAGCAAAAGAGGAUUACAAUGUUAACGAAGCAUUUUUAUGUGUUGCAAAAACUGCACUAGCCAGUGAACAUGAACGUGACAUUUAUUUCCAGGGUAUUUCAGAAACUGCUUCAGAAGUUGAACAGAGAGGAGGCUGUGCUUGCUGAAGAUGGCCAAUGAUUGCAUACACUUACUAUUCACCUUAUCCUGUUUCAUUGAUUCUUUGAAUUUUUUCUUUUGUGAUUAUUCUUUAGAGGUUUGGAAUUAGGGAGAGGUGUUAUGUUGAUCUCAUGUAUAUUAGAACUCAUUCUUUGGUUGGUAAGAAGUAUAUUUUACUGCUUCCAAAGAAGCAGUCAAUCGUCUAUGAGCUACCACCAGAGAAUGCAAGAGGAAAUAAACAUUAACUUUGUAUUUGUUUGCAGAAUAUGAAGUACAGUACUAAUUCUUUGUGCAUGUCUUCCCAGAACAUAAUU